AGGUCCCGGGGGUGGCUGUGGUGGGAAAUUCAAGGCACCCCCCACCGCCACCAAGGGAGGCAGCUGCAAGGAGCGGAGCCCCGGGCUCGGGGGGGCGGAGCGGGCAGGCGGGGCGCGGUAGCCGCCCGCCUCCCUCCGGGGCUGGGACGGGAGCGGGCAGCGGGGCCGGCUGGUCGGGGUGCUCAGGGAUGGAGACCGCGCCCGGGAGCGCCCCGUCCUCCUCCUCCUCCUCCUCCGCCGCCGCGGCAGCAGCGCUGCGGUUGGCGCUGGCGGCUCCGGGGCUGCCCGACGGUCCUUUCGGCUGUCCCAUCUGCCUCGAUCUCCUGAAGGACCCGGUGACGGUACCCUGCGGGCACAACUUCUGCCAGGGCUGCCUGGGGGCACUCCGCCAGCGGACGGGCCCCCCCGACGGCAGCGGCGGAGCGGGCGGGGCUGCCCGUUGCCCGCUGUGCCAGGAGCCCGUCCCCGCAGCCUUGAGGCUCCGCAAGAACCGCGCCCUCUGCGAGGUGCUGCCGCUGCUGGCGGCCGCUGCCGCCGCCGGUUCAGCCCCUGCAGCCUCCGCAUCCCCUACGACUCCCCCAUCUCCCCUGUCCCUAGCCGUCGGGUCCCCCAUGGCACCGGGAGCCGAGGAGGAUGCGGCGGGGGAGGAAGGAGCGGCGGUGCUGUGCGACGUAUGCCCGGCGGAGUCGCGGGUGGCUGCGGUGCGAUCGUGCCUGGUCUGUUUGGCCUCUUUUUGCGGUGCCCACCUGGAGCCCCACCACCGGGCCCCAGCCUUCCGCGCCCACCGCCUGGUAGCCCCGCUGCGGCGGCUGGAGGAGGGGCUUUGCCCCCACCACCUCCAGCCCCUCGACGGCUUCUGCCGCACCGAGCAAACCUGCGUCUGUGCCCGCUGCCGCGCCCAGGAGCAUAGCGCCCACGACGUGGUGUCCCUCGAGAAAGAACGGGAGCACAAGGAGGCCCAGCAAGCCAAAUUCCUCAGCGAUGUGAACAAUGAGCUGGAGGAGCUGGCAGUCACCACUGCACAGGCCAAGAAGAUGGUGGAGCUCAUUAAGAACACUGCCUCAAAAGAGAAGGAAAAGGUUGAGAAGCUGUUUGCAGAAGCCUACGAGGCCCUGGCGACGCUCCAGAAGGAGGUGGCAGGUUUCAUUGAGGAUGGGGAGCGCUCCAUGCUGGGCGAGGCCGAGGCCAAUCUCCACUGGAAGGAGGAGAGACGAGCCAGGCUGGCCCAGGGCAAGCAAAACCUGGAGAACGUCCCCAGCACCGACACCAUCUACUUCCUCCAGGAAUUUCAGGCCUUAAAAGUAGCUAUGGAAGAAAACCUCUGCCCAGCUCUGAGCUUCCAGAACGAGCUGAACUUCUCCAAAUGCACCAAAGCCGUGGGUGUGGUGAAGGAUGUGCUGUCUGCUGCAUGCAAGAGCCAGUGGGACCUCCUGCAGGGGAAAGGAGUUGAUGAGCUGAGUUUCCCCCCAGAGACACAGAAAGCGCUGUCCAAGUCCCCAUCUGCAGACAAGUCAAACAACCCUGCCUACCUGGAGAGCCGUGAUUACUUCCUGAAAUUUGCCUUCAUCAUUGACCUGGACAGUGACACAGCUGACAAGUUCAUCCAGCUGUUUGGCACCAAAGGGGCCAAGCGGGUGCUGUGCCCCAUCCCCUACCCGGAGAGCCCGACCAGGUUCAUCAACUGUGAGCAGGUGCUGGGGGUGAACCUCAUGAACCGAGGCAACUACUACUGGGAGGUGGAGCUCAUUGAUGGUUGGGUCAGCAUCGGUGUCAUCGCCGAGGACUUUGACCCCUGUGAGCCCUACAACCGCGGGCGCCUGGGGCGGAAUGAUAAGUCCUGCUGCCUGCAGUGGAAUGGAGAGAACUACGUGGCCUGGUUCGGGGGCUGCAAGUCUGUCAUCCAGCAGCCCUUUUUCCAUACAAUCGGGGUCUUCCUGGAGUAUUCCGAGAAGGCCCUAACCUUCUACGGAGUCAAGGACUCCAAGAUGACCUGCCUGCAGCAGCUCAAGGUCUCCCCUCUUGCCAAGGGCCAGUGUGACGCCUUCCAGAACAAGAUCAACCACCAGUUUGCCCUUCUCUUCUUGUGCAAGCUGAAGCCUGCCUUCUUCCUGGAGAGCGUCGAUGCCCACCUGCAGAUCGGGCCGCUGAAGAAGGACUGUGUCUCGGUGCUAAAGCGUAGGUAACCACCUUGAGAGCAGGAGCACAGGCAGGCUCGGAGGAGUCUCUCCUGCAACCUGUUGCCACCAUCCCAGCCUCUGUUCGGUAGCGUUGUAGUCCUCUGUGGCAGCUCUCCCUCCUUGCUCUGUGCUGCUGGUGACCCAAGGGUGGAUGAAGCUGUCUGGCAGGCAGAGCUGUGGGCUGGGAGCCAGGAGGCAGCUGGAUCCAAGUGCCAGCUCUGCUGCUGGGCUGCUGAAAGAGCUUGGGCGAGUCUCUGUGCUGCUGCCUGCCCCUCAGUUUCCCUUUCUGGACAUCAGGGACUGUGCUACAGCCUUUCUUGGUAAAGUGCAUUGCUCAAGAGUGGUGCCAUGUAGAUGGGAAGCUGUGCCUUGGCCAGCCGCCGGGCUACCCACUCCCUUGCCUUCAUAUCUGCUCACACUGCCCUGGUGACUUGCACAGAACCUCUGCUUUGUGCCUUAUCUCAGUCUCCGUGCCACUGCUGCUUUUUUAAGUGCUGCCUCAUCAACACCUCCUGCACACAUCCUCAUGAAGUGCCUUUGAAGCAGCAAGCCCACCACUGACCAGGCAACCCCCCUCAAAGCACAUGUAGUCACUUUCCCUAGUGCACCCAUCACUGGUGUGCCUGUGUGGGGGAGAUGAGGGUGCUCUGGGGUGGGUGGGGUGCAGAGGAGCCCAGCUGGGCACAGAGGUGAUGCUGCAGUGACACAGUACCUCUCCUUGCAGGGCUGACCACGCAUUAGCGCUGCAAGUAUGAAACAAGGAUCUUUGCCCCUCCUCAUGCUGCUGCCGGUGGGUAUAUGUGGCCAGGCUGUUUGGGAAAAGUCAUCAUCCUCUCUGUGUUGGAGUGCCACAGCCAUGGGAUUGUUCUGGGAAAGGGGAGAACCCCCCUGUCAAAUAGCAGCAGCACCAUUCCUGCCCUGAGAUGGCAAAGCGAGCAGCACAAAAGACUCUGGAGGAUGUGCUUUUAGUAAACACAUUCCUGGGGAACUGCUUCCCGAAGCCUUCCAGCCAAAUUUCCCCUGCUGCGUUUUGAUGACUCUACUCUUUUAGGGGAAUUUUGGUGCUGUUUAACUCCCAACUCUUGAAAUACCCUGGGCACACUUGAGCUGUAGAUGUACCACUUAGCUUAGAGACGGUAUUUUUAAGUGAUAAAAAGAUGAUGUGAGCAUGUGCCAGGGGCAAGUGGUCUGUUUUAGGGGCAGUGAGGUGUGCAUCAAUAAAACAUGCAGCAUUAGCCAGGCAGUCAAUGACCCUUUAGACUCUGACAAGAAAUAGGUGUGGUGCUGAGGGACGUGAUUUGGUGGUGGGUUAACAGUUGGACUGGAUGGACUUCAAGGCCUCUUCCAACCCAAAUGUUUGAUUCUAAGAUUCUGAAAGGUAUUCUCAAGUGUCCCUUCCCAGAAAGGUGGAAACUUUGAGGCUGAGAGCCAAAAAUGCCAGUUCACAUGUCCCAGGGGAGCAAUUCCAGGAGCAAUGCACAGGCAUCAUGCCUGUAAGGACGCACAGAGCAGCCUCUGUCUCUCAGCACAGUGUGCCUUCCCACAAGUUCAUUUUUUCUGGGACUGCUUUGCUACCUACCUCCCAAAGCUUGCUUUACAGAAUCAGUGCUGUAUAAUAUAUAUAUACCUAGAGAGAAAAUAGAUUGGGUCAGGCUCUUUUCCUGGUGUCAGUGAGUCAGUGGUGACGUAUCAAUGGUUAAAGAGGGGUGGAAAAUGGUCUGUUUGGCUAAAGAUUAUAUAUAUAUAUAUAUUCCCUAAAGGAUAAGCUGGAAAUCAGAGUGGUACAUUCAAGGGGGGGUAAGGGAAAAAGUGAACGUGAACCUACAAGGCAGUCACAAGGCUGAGAGGUUUAAAGUUAAAGCCACGUUUACGCAAACACUGAGGCUCAAAGAGGUCCUCUAACUCCUCUGUUAGUGCUGCCUCUGCUGUGGGCUCUUGCUGGAGGGGCUGAAGGGUCAAAAUGCAACCGCCCCCUCCCUGAGGUAGGGCUGAUGAGUCGGUGUGGGAGGUGGACCGCUGGCAUGUGUCUGCAAAUCUCUUCUCCGCCUCCUCCGCUUGCUGCAACUCCUAAAAUACUGCAGGCAGUGGGAAAAGGAGAGGUAGGGCUUGAAAUCUUGGGAUGAAAGCUUGGCCUUUCCCAGCUAGCGGGAAUGCUGCCUGGACUUCUGUCCAGAUGGGAAUUCACUCCCUGUGUCCUGAGCUCCUACCUCAAAACUGCUUUGUUUGGCUCUUGCCAGUCGCCCUCCUGCAGAGCUCAGCCCUUGCAGGCGAUGUCAGCGGUGACAGAGUGCAGGCAGCGCUGCUGUUUUGCUGAUGCUGCUAACAGAAAGGCCUGAGCAGAUCAGAAAAGCAGAGAUGUACAACAGCCCCUGCAUGGUCACGUCCCGAGAGGAUGAGGAAGCUAACCUUGAUCCCUGCUGCAUGUCAGCAGGAAGAGGUCUCACAUGCAGGCUUCUAUCUCGGCGCUAAAGCUCAUUUGUUCAGGCGCAGCUCCCCCCACUCACAGCCAGGAGUUCUGCCAGGGUAAAUACAGCGGCUCUGGGCCUCUGCCCCAUUUCAUUCCACUGUAGGCGGAUUGAUUGCUCCAUCCCUCCCUUCUCCACGUUGCCCAAUGCACAGGAUCAAGUCUCUGAACUCCCUCGGGGUUUGGGGUGGUUCAGAGGGAUCCCACGUCUUUCCUUUUCCAUCCUGUAACCACAUGGGAGCAGCCCAAGGGGGCACAACUGAGAGCUUUGCUUCUGGCUGUGCCUCUGCUUUUGCUUAAUUCCCCUCUGCCCCAGGAGCUGGGCUGCUGGCAUGCAGCUUUACCACGGGAUUUGAGGGCUCCUGUAGAUGCAAUGCAGCUGGGAAUUGCUAUCCAACCCUCCUCUUCCUGCUGCUUGCUCCUGGUUGGAAGUGCUCUAAAUCUUCAUCAUUUAGAGCAUCAAGCAAACUCCAACCGGCUGCAAUAUCCCCUGGGGGUGUUGGACCAGAGCUUGCUGUGUGUUGCCAGCAAUUCGGGGUGUCAACUGGAACAAUGAGGCAAUGUGCACUACGCCAGCUCUGGAUUGCUGACUUUGCUGCAAGCGCAGGGCUAAAUGCGGGGUGUGAGUUGCUUGGCUGGACAGGUAGCGCUCGGCGAUGUAAACAGCCUCCCUUGUGUUCCCUUGAGCGAGUUCUGCUGUCACAGAGUGUUCCUCUUUUUAGUUAGGAGUUGCAAAAUGUAGUUACUGUAGAGUAUUUUAUGGUGUGUAGGGAUUAAAAAAACCCACCCACCACCGCCACCAAUCCUGUAACAGAAUGGUAUAAUGAUGUUAGAGGCUAUGGUUUGCCAUUAAAUGCUAUCCAGGCAUG